AUGAAACCAGUGAGCAACCGAAUUAUUACAGCAUGUCUUCUGUCACAUCAUGCAAAAACAACAGUGAUUCAAGUAUACACGCCAACAGAAGGAGCUGGAGAACAUGAAAAGGAUGCAUUCUAUGACCAACUAGACAAUGUCCUAAGAGAUGUACACACUCAUGACGUAAUAAUCCUCAUGGGUGACUUUAAUGCUCAAAUCAAUGGAGAAGGAAGAGGAUGGGAAGAUGUAAUUGGCCCCCAUGGAUCAUCACAGAUCAAAGAGACUACUACAGCAGCAGCAGAUGAGGUUAUUGGACAGCGACGCGGGACACAUCGAGAACGUUGGAUACAGGAACGCUCCUGGAACCUAAUAGAUGAGCGAAAACGAGCUAAACAACAUCGUGAUCAAGCCGAAACAGCAGAAGCAAAAAGAGAAACUGUUGAAGCCUACCGAGACCUUGACAGAAAAGUCAAACGAAGCUGUCGUGCAGACAAGAAGGCAUGGGUGGAGAAGAAGGGAGAAAAGGCACAAAAAGCAGCAAACAAAAAUGACACCAAGACGCUUUAA